UUAAGUUUUAAGCUCUCCCGUUUGAGCUUAAUUCUACUUCCUGUAAUCAAGAAACUGCAGUGAAUCUCACUGUAAAAAAAAAAAAAGAAAAGGAAGGAAGGAAAAGAAUUCAAAAAUCUGUUCUUGAAGUUGUCCUUGCUGCGGUUCUGCUUCUGUGUAAGAGCAUAGGAAUUUGCGAGGUUUUUUAUCCAUGGAGGGAAGAGAAGGUGUGAGUAGCAGUGGGGGUGUUACAGUGGUGGGAUCAGAUGCUCCAUCAGAGUACCACGUGGCCCCAAGGCCCGAGAACCCGGCCCAGGCUCCUGGAUCGGCGGCUCAGCCGGCGCCGGCCCCUCCUCCCCCGCCGCCGCAGCAGCCGGCGGUGGGCGGCGAGCUGCCGGCCGUCGUGGCGGGAACGGCGCUGCCAAUGAAGAAGAAGAGAGGGCGGCCGAGGAAGUACGGGCCGGACGGGUCGGUGACGAUGGCGCUGUCGCCGAAGCCGAUAUCUUCGUCGGCGCCGUCGCCGGUGAUCGACUUCUCCUCGGCGGGUCCUAAGCGCGGCCGCGGGCGGUCGGCCGGGUCGGUCCCCAAGCCCAGCUUUGAAGUGGAGAAUUUAGGUAAACGAAAGAAGUCUUGGCUUUCUUGCGAUCAUAGUGAAUGGGUUGCAUGCUCUGUUGGUGCUAAUUUUACUCCUCAUAUCAUCACUGUUAAUACAGGCGAGGAUGUAACUAUGAAGAUAAUAUCAUUUUCUCAGCAAGGACCUCGAGCUAUAUGCAUUCUCUCUGCCAAUGGCGUGAUCUCGAGCGUUACACUUCGUCAGCCUGAUUCUUCCGGGGGUACAUUGACAUAUGAGGGUCGUUUCGAGAUUCUGUCCUUAACUGGGUCAUUCAUGCCCAGCGACACUGGAGGAACAAGAAGUAGAUCAGGCGGGAUGAGUGUGUCUUUAGCAAGCCCAGAUGGACGUGUCGUUGGUGGAGGAGUUGCUGGUCUUCUAGUAGCUGCAAGUCCUGUUCAGGUUGUCGUAGGCAGCUUCCUCGCGGGAAACCAGCACGAGCAAAAGCCAAAGAAACAGAAGCAUGAUGUUAUUUCCACGGUCUCACUACCGACGUCAUCCAUUCCAAUAUCCGCUGCGGAAAACUGGUCUGCAUUGCAGCCGGAUUUGAGAAAUAACAAGCAAACUGACAUUAAUGUGUCAUCUUUGCCUUGAGAGAGGUAGUAGCAGUGGUAGUAGUAGUAGUAGUAGUAGAAGUAGUGCUAGACGAUAUCUACUGAUCAUAUCAUGAUUUUUAACUGACCCACCACGUCGAUUUGGCUCUGCUUGUAAGUCUUACGACUCCCUUGUUUGUCUUUGUCUGUAAACUUCAUCUAGAGAGAGUAAUCUUCAGCUAGGGCCUCUUUUUCCUUCUCUUUUUUCUUCUUCCCGGCUCUUGUAUCGGUGUUAUGUUCAGAUUUUAGUUGUCUGGUUCAGCUAGGAUGCUGCUACUGCCGGUGUGUUCGAUUUGUGUAGGAUGUUUAAUGAAAACUAUGGGAAUUACUUUGGAAUUUUA